UGACAAGACGUCAGAACCAGGAAAACCCAUACCGAGUCUAACAUAAAUACAAUGAGGGGGUAUGGUGAUUACUGGACCAAGAAGCAGGUGGGAAUAGGUCUGCAGCAUUGGAGUAAUAAACCUGCUGGAUGACAUGGUGACUUAGUGAUGUAUGACCUCAGACCAGAGUAUGUGUCUGUUUCCUCAUCCCUGUGAAAAGAUUUCAUCUGAUACAAAAGGUCAACUGAUAUUUGCAUUACCCUUCAUUACUCCUCUGUUAAGCAGUGAAGUAAUGAACAGCAAAAGUGGCUGAAAAUAAAACAGCAUAUAUGGAGCCAGACUCAGGCUGAUAAUUUGAGCAGAAACUCAUCUGAACCAGUAGAAAACUUUUCUGUUGAGAUUUUUUUCCCAAAAAAAAAUCUACAGUGCCAAGAUGUCACUGUAAAAAUGACAUCUUGGCAAGUUAUCUCCAUCUGCCCAGACAGCCCAGUAUUCCCACUGGUGGAGCAUUCUGGUCCAGUUAAUCAUUCACAGUUUGUCUUGUAUACCACACACUCUGCCUCCACCAUUCAUUUAGAUUAGUUGUUUCCCAUUCUUUCAGCCAUGUCGUUAGGGACCUCUACGUUUUUUAUUGUUUUGUGGUUUGGGGGAUUUUCUCACUGUGGCCUCCAGACAAAGCCUCAUUCCAGCAGGACAGACCAGGAGCUGUUCUGGGGUGCUGACCAGUAUGAUUUCUCAGUGGUGCUCCCAGCAGCUGCCACAGAAUGUUUCUGGCACUUUGCUCACCAUGGAGAGAAAUUUUACCUGAGCUUCAUGGUCCAGUGGAUCACAGGAGUCGGCCUUGUUAGGGACCUAUCAGUCACUGUUAAUGCUCCCAGCGGUUUGUUAAUAUCCACUGCUGACGAUGCAAAGGGUCAGAUCAACUUUGAUGUCAAUGAAACAGGUUUCUAUCAGAUGUGUUUGAGCAACUUCCACAACCGCUUCAGCACAAUGCAGGUCUUUCUCAGCUUCGGCGUUUACUAUGACAACCAGAACUCUUCCAAGGGGGACAUGAAGGAGGAGUUGAACAACACACUGAGCUUCAUUCAGGCUGCCACCAGUAAAGUGGAGCGCCACGUCUUCCACAUGUUCCGCUACUACAGCUUCAGCCGCAUGAGGAGGAGCGCAGACCACUUCCUGCUGCAGUCCAACUCCCGCUACAUCACAUGGUGGUCGAUGGCCCUCAGCCUGGUGAUCGUCACUUCUGGGUACCUGCAGCUCCUCUUCCUCAAAAGCCUCUUUGUGAGCAAAGCUGAGGCUGAAAAGCCUCGAUGCUGAUAGGCAGCGAACGAACCAAGAAACAUGCUAAGCAGACUCCAAACCUCUCCUGGUUCUGGGUCCAUGUGAAACAUUAAAGAAAUGUUCUAAAAACCUC